GACCCUGGUGCGUAAACGUCACACAGGCAUUUUAGGACAACUGGAACUCAAGCGGUGAGCAAGAGGAGUACAGAGCUGUCCUUACUACAGUCAAGACGCACACAUUUGUCUGCGAAUUUACUGUCACAGUGGAUAGCCUACUGACCUAUCUGGAUAUAGGCUUCUUCCGUCUUUCUCAUAGUUUGGGAAGAUUUACAUGCCAAAGCUGGGGAAACAUGUUGGAAAAGCCCAAGCUUUAUCGCAAAGCUUUAAAGUUCUCGCCACAAUAAUUGGUAAGUUACAUUCAAACUUUGGACUCAUGUCAAACCUAAAGGUAGUCAUAAUUAAUAUUUGAUAACCAUGUACAUUGAUGAUUCUAAAGUUUUAAUUGCCUACCUUUGAAUAAAGGUAAUUUGAGGUGGGUUAGAUUUGGAAAUGUAACUCUUAUCUUUGUUAUGUUUAUAAAAGGCAACCUGGGGCACCUAUUUGAUAACGGAAAUUGAUACAUUGUCUCACCGUUUGUUUUGGUUACAUGUAUUGCAUUCCAAUGGAGUUCUGCCAACUUCUAAGAGUUUCUAAAUUAUGCAACUAUAUGUAGCCAAUUAACUUAAAUAUGAAAUUGAUAUUGUCAACGGAAUUGGUGUUAUCUGCAGACAGUGAAUGUGGUGUUUUUUAAUUACCUAUGGAAUAGCUGAUGACAGCACGCAUCCAUGGGUUAUGUAAUUAUAAGCCGACAACACAGCCUAGCCUACCGCCUAGCCUACCUCUAUAUAGACGCCAAGUGCAGAGUCUGUGAUAUGAUAUCAUUAUCCCGACUGACCUUAGUCAACUGCAGCUAUACUCAGAGGGUAAUUGCCGAUAGGCUAGCCUACUUGUAUUCUCAUUCGAAAUGUGUUAUAAACACCUUCAACAACAUAUAGAUAAGGCUCCCCAAGUGCCUCCAUUGACCACUGGAUGGCGAGCGAGUAUCUUGUUUUUAUCAAGCGCCUAUCAUAAAAUCUGUCAACAUUUGCUCUACAUAGAAUACGUGUUUCGCACUUUACUAUGUAGGCUACGGUAUUUACAGUAGUCAAAGCGGCCCGUUUUAAACUUUUCUCUUAAAGCUAUGUAGCCAAUGGUUCGGUCAAAGUUAGCUUUUCCAGGAUCCGCAGGAACGGCUUAAAACUGGGGUUGGAGAAUGCACUUAUCUUAAGUAACCUGAUGUCUGUGAUAUUUAGCGGUUGACAAGCAUAACAGUCGCCCAAGUAGGGUAUGUGAGUUUACGUUGCAGAAGAAAUAGUAUGUGCAUUCAGAGAAGUCAGUGUAUAAACAUAGGGAUAGUUUCCCAGCAGUUGGCAAUGAAUGUGCGGUCGAACUGAUUAGCCAAUAUUGGCACUUUUUCUUGUAAAGCUGAUUGUAGGAAUUGCAUGAGGUAGGAACCGAACACUGUAUAUUUCCAGUGUACAUUCUCUCCCGAGAACAUCUCAAAGAUCUGAUGAAGAACCGCACUUCCUGAAGGGAAUACCCCAUCGAAUGCGUAAUUUGCAUACGGUGCGCGAUUACUUUAAUGGUUUUGGAUGCAGCCAGAGGAAGGAAGGGGAUGACGUCAGCACGGUACUAUUAGUAAUGAUGAUGAUAGCCAACGUGUGUAACCUGAGGUUGCUCAACAUUGAAUAGUACAUUUCGUGACAUAGUUAUAGGAAAUGGACAAUGUGGCAAUUUAAGUGCAUUGUGCAACCUACGUGCAUUGUUGCCAUUGUAGCCUGCAUAACCUAUAAUGAAACAUAAUCCUAAAUUUAAAGACCUACCCACAUAAAUUAUCUAUGUAAGAAUAUGAGGUAGGAUGUUUUCAAUAGCGCAGUCUUCGGUAUUGGAUUUGAAAUUCCACCACAUAUAGAGCUGUCUUCUGUCUUCUGUGACUAAUAUAUUAUGAAUGGCCUAAAGUUGCCUGAGUGCUGGAACGAUCCUAUUGCUUGACGCUCCAAGGCCUCGCCCCCUUCAAGCCGAUUGGUUCUUUGUGACAAAAUGGGGUGGGAGAGAAAAGGGGCGGCAUCUGUCCUCCACGUGGGUGUAAAUCUACUUUUACCAUUGGCUUAGAUCAACAGCGUCUUCGAGAACUUCUCUUGUGAUUGGGUAGAAUGUCUGCGGACUGUGAGAGUGUUUUUAUCAUUGUGGAAGUGAGCUACUUUGUGACAAUGUUCAUUGUCGAUUUUUCAUUGGAGCUGCGGUGGUCAUGGAUGCACAGCGGAGAGCUAUACAGUAUUAAUCUUAUGAGGCUUUUGCAUUCUGUAGGUCUUGUAUUUGGCUUCAAAGCAGCUUUCAGUCCCAUGCAUUUUAAACAAUAAUAAGGACAGAAAGCUAUAUCCUAUAUUGCGCAUUUUCUCUCAGAAAGGCAAUAGUUAUUUGCGUAAUUGAUGGUCAGUGGCAUAUUGCCUGUGAAAAAAAUACUUGUAUUGCUGCUUGGCAUUCAUCCACCUCUGUAGCGUUUAAAAAUCUGGAACAUUUGGAGUUGUCGUUGGAACCUCUCUUGAGCAAGCUGCAUACACAAGAAAAUCGCAAUAAAGCUUUUCUCUAUAAGACUCGUUCUGGGAAUAUUCUCAUGAUCUUAUCAGAAGAGCGAGGACUCGGGUUUAUUGAAACUCUUGAUAUACAGAGAAAGAAAGGCACCAGGAGAGAGCCUCUUUCUCUCUUUUGAAUGCAAGCAGUUUCUCUCUCUGAAAACAAGGGACAAGGGUCUGCGUAAAGGGUCUGCUCGUUCUCCCCAACCCCGCUCCACUCGCAUUGUCUCUCCCCCUGACCACAGGCUAUCGAAUGGACCAACAUCCUAGCGCCCGGAGCUGCACCAGCCGCGGGGCUCCGUCCUGCGAGGCCGUCCCGAGUGAACCCUCCAUGAAUUUGUACAUCCAUUCCACAACCGGCACACGCUUCGAGCUCUCUCUUCCUCUGGAAGAGACUGUGGAAGGACUGAAGAGAAGACUUUCUCAGAGACUCAAAGUACCAAAAGAAAGACUCGCCCUUCUACAUAAAGAAACGUGAGUACACUACAUCUAUAAACAUAAGUAUAUCCCACUGUCAUAUGGUAUAACAAUGCGUACAUUAUGUAGUAUUUGCUAUGUACAAAUCUCUGAUUUCUAUAGGAAUCUUUUGCAGUUAUUUACAUGGUAGAACAUUGUGGAGAUCAAGAAGUGCAUAGGUUGCAUAUCAGCACUAAAUUCAAGGGAAGCAGAUAUUGGCCAGUAUUGGAAUUACGCAUGUAAACGCACACUGGUCAGUCACGGUUUGGAGCGGUAGCCUAUUGAUGAGGAAGUUGCAUUGAUUCCUUCAGCGUUCAUUAUAAAUACCAUUAAUGAUUAAAUAUAUUUUACAAAUUAUUAACAGCUGAGAUUGAUGCAUUUGCUGAAUGAAAUGCAUAUGCGCAAUGGUGCAUGUUUACUUAAUUUGUCCAGCUACCGUCUGAUCAUUGGAUUUGAUCUUAAAUAAAUACACAAUUAUACUGAGGCUUUGGGUUUAGAAUCUAAUUGAUGCUAUCGAUACGCAAGGAAGGUUAGAUGAAGGCAAAACGCAAGGCAUCCCUUUAAUUCCUCUUAUUUCAUGAUAUAUGGGUACAACCAGCUUUCUACAAUCUCCUUGCAUGCCAGGGAACGCGUAUAUAUUUGUUUCUGCUCACGUUUUAUUACGAGGAACCCCCCUGGAGACAAUCCCAAAUGAAUGGAGAGAACAUCAUUGCCAUUUUGAAAAGGGGAGCUCUCGAGAACAAUGGUGAUAGUUUAACAACGCUUUACAAUCGUGUGUUGCACCUUUUUUAUUUAAAGUAAACUGAAACUGUAUUAGUCGGUUUUCAGUUGAGUCGGAUUUUCGUGCAUUAAAUGACAAUGUAAGAGCUGUGGUAUGUUAAGGGUAGUCUUUGUCAUUUGAUGCAAAUCGCCCUGUUGCAUAGUUUUUUCUUUUAAAUAACAACCAUCCCACAGCCCCCUAGGAUAAUCGCCUCCAAAUCAAAUCAUCCCCUAAAACCGAGUACCUUUUUUAAUCCUCUCUCCAAAUAGCUGAAUUUAGGCGCUGCUGACUGCCUUUGUUCAGCUGGAGGUGACAUUUAGUUCAUACUGUACAGUACAGUAGGCUAGGCUUCUCAUAAAGCAACACCUCCACUAGCCUACUGUCAGAGUUAAGAAGAGUGACAUUAAAGUGACAAUGCUAGUGGUCUAUGUGAAUACAUUAUCAUUCAUCAACCUGAACAUGACAUUAACUUUUUUCCACUUCUCUUUUUUUGACAUGAUGAGGUCCUGAAAAUUACCAUUCAGAAAGACAAAUGAACCUAUCCAGUAAAUAGGCUCACAAGUGUUCCUAAAUGCAUGAGUUAGUGAGUUAAAAUGUCAGUUUGGCUCUAAACUAAUAUGGUGUUUUUUUUUCUCCCCAUCAGGCGUCUGAGUUCAGGAAAACUCCAGGACCUAGGAAUAUCUGAUGGGAGCAAGUUAACACUUGUACCUACAGUUGAAGCAGGCUUAAUGGUGAGGAUAAUCAGACAACUCAAAAGUGUGUGUUGUGCUAUAAACCCAGGUGGGUUGUUUGGGCUCAAGAUAAUAACAGUGAUAUUAAUAUUAGACAGAUUAAUGUAGGUAAUUAAGUCUGUGUUGAUCUCAUCUCAGUCAUAUCUUUGAAUGCACAAGCCUUUCUCCUUUGUCUACUAGGCUUACAAGUAAAUCAUGUUUUUCUCCUUGUCCUUUCUUUGAAGUCUCAAGCAUCAAGACCAGAACAGUCGGUGAUGCAAGCUUUGGAGAGUUUAACAGAAACUCAGGUAAGAACUCUCUUAAAUAAUUGUAUUUAAGUGGCCUUCAUGAAUAGAUAAUUUAGUAUACCUGCUUUAGAUAUCAUACAAUGAUUACAUAAUUCAUUUGGCAUACUCCUGGUUUAAUGUGAAACUUAAACAGGUUGCCCCUGGAAAAACAUGGAGAAUUGUGUUUUAAAGUGCAUGAGAUCUGUUUGCAUGUCAAGCUGGAGCAGUCAAAUAUAGUUUAGAGAAGAGCUAAGAUAAGAGUGAGGCUGCUGAUGAACACAAGGCUCUUUCCAUGUUUAAUGUUAGCUUCUUAAACAAGCAAGCUCGCCACUAGGCACUGUGGAUAUUAAAACCAACACCCUCUGGUCUCCUGGCAACUUCUACGCUGUGUGUAUGGGGAGGCAAGCCCAGGCAAACCCCACCCAACAUGGGCUGGAUUGAGAGUCAAGUCAAACCCCCAUCUGUGCAGAGCCCUGGCUGGCUCUCUCUUCUGGCUCUCCCCUCACCACAGAGAUUCACAGAGAGCUGCCUCCAGGAAGCCAACAUAGAUAGACUUAACUCAUAAACAGAUUAAAUUGACAGAUGGGCGUUUCGAUCAAUAGUAGCCUAUGAACUUGAUGUACCUUUGUGGACCUGUUGAAAUACAGUAAGAAUAUGAGUCGGUGGUUUGGUGUGAGUCACUGAUAUGAUAAAUAGUGAAAGUAAAGGGAUCAGGUCUGAUCUCACCUCCUCAACCUCAGAGAGAGAGCGAGAGAGAGAGAGUCGAUGGCACUGACAACAGCGAUGACGUACUGUCUCAGCAGCUGACGGACUCCAGGUGUGUUGUUAAGUCUGUGAUGCACAUAGUUGCAGUAAAAAUAUGUCACUAAUGUUAGAUAAGACCUUGUCAUAAAAUGGACCAGUAGCACACCUAUAUUUGGUGGUUUUGUGAAUGUGUCAUUGAUGUAGCAAGUUUGACUUCCUAGUAAUGUCAAGAUAAUAAAGAUUGAGGACAGAAAACACAUACUGGUAAAACACAUACUGGUAAAACACAUAGUAGCAUGUCAAAAUCUCAGUGUGGCUUCUCUCCCGCUGAUAUUUUUCACUGGAAAUCCUGGCGUUAGUGUGUGUGUGAGCUCAGCGCCUAGCCUGCCUGCGCACAGCACAGCGGUGACGACAGAUGAGUGAGUGUGUUUGUGUGUGUGCGUGGGUGGGUGGAUGGGAGUUGGGUGGGCUGGAAGCACGCCUUUCUCAUCAUGCGGUACGCCUUCGCUGGGCAGCCCACACUGACUGCUGUUUCCACUAGUCAAGGCUUUCCCAUAAUUCAACAGUGCCAAUCUCACAGUCUCUACCCUGACUUGCCUCAGCUCUGCAUUCAAGGCCUAUUGGCCUCGCCUCUCCUCCUCUCGAGGGGGGAAGGCAGGCAACAGGAAAGGGCAUGUACAACAGUUAAGACCUACAGUCAUUUUGAGUCACAUUGGUAUGACUUCCUUCUUCAUCAAGCGUGCCUCUUGUCUCCAAUACUUUACUGUAAGAAUGUGAGCUGGUGGAACUAUCGCCUGGUGAGUCAUUCAAUGGGCUCAUAUGCACAGCCAAGAAUGAAAGCCCAGUAAAAAGAGAAUGCCAGUAUAAAACUGAUUUUAUGUGUUUCUAUCCGGGAUAAUUGAUUCCUGCUUUAUAAUUCAUGAGGCGGAAUGGGACGAUAUAGAUUGGGGAGAGAUUACAAAUACCGGGUAAGAUUAAAAAAUAGGAACACAAGAGCUUUCCCAUUCGCUUCCUCCUCCAACUUGGGGGUUAUCAAAAAUCAAUCAAUGCACUUAGCUCUUAAAAGUGUCUUAUAGGUUAACAGAUACCCCCCGUAUUCCAAAAUAGCCAGGCUAGUGGCUGGCUGGCUGGUAACAUUAGGAAAAGUGGUAGGUUACACUUCUCUCUCCCUCGCCCUCCUCCCUCCCCCCAAAUAUUUGUGGUCUGGUCGGGGUUGGAGAUCAGGUUUUGUGCCAGGAAGUCCAGUGUGUUCAUAGAAGCCCAGCUUAUAACGGCUUCUAGUCUGCUUCUGCUUCAUAUUGGGAUUCGGAGGAGGACUCAUCACCCUGCCCAGCCGGGUGGCUUCCCGGAAGAGAUCUAUUUCAGACUUCCGUGGAGCAGGAUAGAAAGUGUUUUAUGGAAAGGGAGGCCAAUUAUCGGAAUGGCAUUUCCCCCCCCCCCCCCCCCCCCCCCCCCUCCUCCCUCUCUCUCUCUCUCUCCUCUCUCUCUCUCUCUCUCUCUCUCUCUCUCUCUCUCUCUCUCUCUCUCAUCUCUCUCUCUAUCUCUCUCUCUCUCUGUGUCUCUCUCUCUCUCUGUGUCUCUCUCUCGCUGUCUCUCUUUCUCUCGUUUUUUGCUUAACAACUCUUCCAUGGCCUAUCAUUUGAAUGUGCUGUGGUUUGCAAAUCUUGUUCUCUGCCCAGUGCCUGCCUGCUGCCUGCAGUCAACUGUAGGUCCUGCUGUAUUCUGGCUGUGAUAGAAUAGGCUGGACUCUAUCAAGGGCACUGGAUCCCUUAAUUCCUUUGCUUGGCUUCCCAGGCAAAUUUUCUCCUGACAUCUAAGCUGCAUUAAGCCACCACCUCCUGACAGUCCAUCAAGACUGGGCUGGUUUUCUCACUCUGUCUCCCGAGAAAGGCUUAGGUUGAGCUGAGCCUGGGAUUGUGUCUGUCUGUGGAGCAAACUGUAUUUAAGAGGCUUUCUUCUGUUGAUGGAAGAAUGAGAAAAUGCCCCUUCGAGCUUGGACUCAGACAGAGUAUAGUGAUGUAAUGUCUGUGUAUGAGAAAUAUGGUAGGUAGAUGAAGAGUAAUGUUUACCAUGGCUGGUCACAGUCAGCUUCAUUAGCUGCUAUUGCUUGAUGUUGUUUUAGUUUGGAAAAUAAGGAUUGUCCAGUCCUUUGUAUGUUAUAGUGAGUGUUUGCUCAUUGAUGCUUGUAUGAAACCAAGCCACCUAACCUAACCAUCCCCCAUACAUUGCCCUUCCGUUCCCCCACCUCUCCCUUUGUUCCACUUUUAAAGCAUAAACCCCAGUCAAAUCCACAAAACCUGCCUAGCUGACCGACCCUCCAAUACAAAAUAAUGACAGAGAGUCAAGAUUUAGGUUCAGGUCUCCACGAUGAUUCUGUUUUCCACAUAGGCUGGAGCCAAUUGAGUGAAACAGCACUACAAGGCCAUUUCAAAAUCAAUGUAUAGCCCAGCUGGAAGGAUAGGAGGGAGGACGUUAGGGAGGAGAAGAUUGCCAUAUUGUCCUGGAGGAAGUACACAUAUUGUCUUUGGGGAGGCGAUGUCUUGGCCAAGUCCCUGAGGAGUACAUUGUUACAUUUCUGCUCUACGUUUUCUCACCUCCUUCUCCCAACACCCUCUUCCACCAGCCUCCGCUGGGCUCUGAAUAAGACCCAGCAUUGUUAUUGUGUCUGAAAACGGACAGAUGCAAAUAGUGGGAUCUAACAAUAUGAGUCACCUCUGGGUCAUAUGAGUCACCUCUGGGUCACCCUUCUUGUCAUUUCCACCCACUGCCCUCCCACAGGGAGCGUGGCGGGCCGGGCCAGGCAGGGGGAAUGCAGGGAUGGAAAGGCAGGGAGUGGAGGGAGGUAUAGAUGGCCUUGGUGAGUCACGGCAUUCGUUUUAAGGCAUUGUGGCGUGUUGUGUACAGGUUGUUCUGAACCACAGAGGGAGGAUGUUUGGAAGGAUAGGCGUGACUCAAAGAUAAGCAGAUGGGCAGAAGGAGGGAGGGUGAUAAGGAGGAGGAGAAGGAGAAGGGAAAAGGUCACCUCGAGGUAGAGGAGUGUUCUGUGUGCUGAUGGUGGGCUAUCUCAGAUCACUCUGAUAAGGCCUUGUCUUGUCACAGGUCUAUUAACUAUAUGGUUCAUUCAUGUUCAUGUGCUUAGCCACACCUGCACCUUAUAGUCAUAUUUUACUGUUAUUUUCUAGAUAAGGUAUUAGAAGUACAUCAUAAAGUGUUUGUGUGUGUGUGUGAUGUACUCGUGCGUGUUUGCGUGCACACGUUUGUGUCUGCUCAAUGCAAUUGGUCAAUAUGUUUAUUUUUCCAGACCCCUGCCCUAUACUCACCUUAUCAAGAUGGUAGUUCAUCAGCCAGUCAGACGCUACUGGAAAUCAUUGUUCUUUAAUUGUAUUGAGGAUUCGGGAGUGGAAGAAAUGGAAAAAUGACUGAGUCACCAUUUCAAUAUGAGAGCAUCAGUCCAUCUAUAAAACCAGCCUGCUGUCUUCCUACUUCAAAUCAACGUUUUCUGUAUGCAGGCAGUAGUCUUGCCUUUAAAAUGGUAAUUUCCCUUUCCGCGUAAAUGAAUGCUAUUAAUUCGGAGCUGAAUGUGUAAAUCUAAUUGUAUAUUGACUGACUGAAAGACAAUAGUGAAAAGAGGGACUAUUUGUUUCUGUUCCCUAUAAAUCCUAGCCUGAGAACGCAUUAAUAAGCUGCUGGAGUGUUUCUGCACCUGUGUAAUCUCUUUGUGAUUCAGACAGGCACAUAGAGGAGGGGUGUCAAGGUGUAUUUGAGAAAUGGGGGAGAUGGAUUUGCUGAUAUUUUCUUUGUCCUAUUGUGUGUGUGUGUGUGCUUGUAUGUGGGAGAGAGUAAGAGCGAAAGAGCCCGUGAGUGUGUGUAUGUCGUGACCAUCACUGUUUUUCAUCGGCUGGCCACCUUUGUGCUUCAAGUGCUCCUGCAGCAUGGUGAUCGUGACUGACUGGGCUAGUGUCUGGGAGGCGGUGGAGGCCAUGAAUAUCUUGUUCGGUAGAACAGAUAGCCCAUCUCCCUGUGUACAAAAUAUACACACAAACCCUACCUGCUACCGCAUCUCAGCACUGUGGAAUAAUAACGAAUGAGGUUUCAAUCUACUCCAAAUGUUUUAUUCAUCUAUGCUCCUUUCAUUUCUCUGUCCUGUUGUAGAGCCAGCAUGUGGUUAAGCCUGGCCCUCGUUCUCUCUCUUUCUCCUCCUCUUAUCACAGAGACUCGGUCAGAAUGUAUUCAUCAGUUGGAAUCAUAGGCCUUGUGCAUUGGUGUUGCACCAUCUUUGAUCGCCCAGAGAAUGGAAAGAGUGUGUAUGAGCGAGGGACGCAUUCGCAAUAGCAGCAGGUGCUGUGAUAUGGCAAGGCGAGCGAAUAGACUCCGUUUUUAAGUGGAUUGCUUUGCCUCUGUUGCCUUAGAACCUUCAAAGCCAUUGUGCUUGACUGGAAACAGAGGUAAUGUAGAGGGCCGGGGGGAUGGAGGGGGGGAUGGAGGGCUGGAAACAGGAACCUGAUCAUUAUGCCAUUCUGUCUCUUUUUUUUCACCCAGCUCAUCAAAUUCACUGAUGGACAGCUGGCUUUCUGUUUCUCAUUCACCCUCUUUGCUUUCUGUUUCCUGUCGGGCACUAUUACAGACGGCUAUCUCUCCAAUGAUGGGGUCUUUUGAAGACGGGGCCUGCUUUUAGGAUUUGGAGCAUGAUGCAAGCGGCAUAGAUUUUUUUAUUCUCUUUUGAGAACCAUGUUAUUGCUUCUUAACCCAGCACCUUUCUGCACAAACAGCGUAUCAAUAGUUUCCCGGUGCGAUCAAAACAUCUAUGUCGAUAGGUGGGUUAAUAAGCUGGUUUCUGAACUCCAGCUCUCCCCAUCCCUUCUUCACCUGGCUGUUUGAUAGGUUGACCAGGAGCUUCUCAGCUGUAAUGCAGCUGAAGGAGAAGGGCGAUUCCUUCGCUUGAACCCUCCCACAGAUCCCUAUCCUCUCUGGUCUCUGACGCAAACGCUGCUCAGUUGUUCAUGAAUGUCAGCUCAGUCCUGUUCCCAGCUCCCUCUCUCUCUCCCUCCCUCCCCCCGUCUCUCCGUCUCUCUCUCAGUACACUUAGUGUGCAAAGGAAAAACAUCUGCAAAUGAGUUCCUUGAACCACAGGGACCCCAAUAACUAAAACGGCCAGCCACAGAGUUGGAGAAAAAAAGAGAAAAGCAUCCAGAAGCACACUCUCACUGAAUAUUUCAUCACCAUCCACCACCAUCUCCUCUCUGACACCCUACCCCCAUAUCCCUACUACAUCCCCCCAUCCAUCCCCCAUCCCUCCUCCCCGGUCUCUGCUUAUCAUAUUCUCCUUUCACUGCAUAGCAACCAAAGCCUGCUGCUACGGCUACACAAAAUGCCACCCCAGUCGCUACUCCCCCAACAACCAAACAAAAUGGCAGAUGGAGCAAGAUGGUGGGAGGUCAGGUUGAAAUGAACAGAGAACCGAGUGUCGUUCAUAAAGUGCUAUUGUUCCUUCUCAAACACCCAAAUAGCUGAUAGGCUAUCAUUGACUUAUCACAGCACUGUCUAUGAAAUGUACUGAUUAGAGUACACUUUUUGUCAGACAAAUGGACACCUUGUUCUUAUGGUUUGUCCUCGCCCUUCGCUCCGCAUACCAUUCUCACUGCGUCAGGAUGAUAGGAACAAUGAGGAGGCCAUUCCUUUCUGUCUAAACAUAACAAAACUGGGGCCCUAGCUCACUGCCAUUCUCCUCUACUGGAUCUGAUGUCCUGCCUGACAGGAGCGACUGUCUUCCUAGGGCUUUGGAAUUUGUAAAGACACCAAGGAGGAAGGCGAUUGAAGGCUCAAAGACAACUCUGAGAGAGGCUCUUUGUCUGCUUGGUUCUAGAAAUCCUAUAAUUUUUUGUCCCUGACAUCAACGUCAUACUGACUUGUCUCAGGAGAGCAGAAUGGCGUGUACGGACAGGGAUUUGUGGUUUUCUAGGUAGUGAUACUCUAUUUGAGACAUCUCUGUUUUUACAUGAUGGUUUCAACAGCCUCUCCUGCAGCAUGUACCCCCUGGCUGUUAACUGUUAGUGUUACCUCCCAUCUCUCCGAAGACUGACCUAUUUCAGGUGUUCCAGUCCACAGCCUCUGGCUCCACCCCCGGCUCCAUCCCCGGCUCCGAGUUGCAGCCUGUCCCGUCUCCCGUCCUGUCCUCCCCUUUCAAUCUGAGAUGGGGGUGCGGAAUGACUGAUCAGACCCAGGUUGGAAUUCCGAGCCCAGGGGCUUAUUUGGGUUCCUCGUUUAUUUCUGGUGGGAAAAUAAGGCAUGGACCACAAAGACCUGAGAGUGAGAGAUUUAAAGGGCAGGCUGAGAGUUCUGUAGCCAUUGCUGAAGUCGCUUAAUGCUUUUGUUUAUGUGGGCUUGUGGCCUUUUCAGUUAUUACCUAAUGGGAACAUUGUGGUGGGCAGUUGGCGUUGUGUGUGUGUGUAAGCUGAUGGUUACAGAGGGGAGAGCUCCACACACACACAGUGUUACGUGUGUGUGAGACACACAGUCUCGUUCGUGGGGUUUAGGUGAGAACUUCAGAAUCAGAAUUGGCUUUAUGAGUCAACCACUGAGACGCCAGGGCCAGGAGUGACAAAUGUACCAAGGGAGUGAGGGAUGUAAGAAAAAAAGAGAGAGAAAACAGGAGAGGGGGAGCUUGCAUAUAUGAGAGUCUAAUUAGAGGUGGGGUUGGGAGCUCAGUAUGAAUGCAUCAUGAAGCUCAUCUUGGUGUUUUUUUAAAUAAUCCACACUAGUCUUUAAAGGGAGAUGGAAUGCCUCUCUCUUCCUCUCUUUCUCAAUUGUUCUCUCUCCUCUUUCUCAGCGCAACCACACUGAUGUGUCAUCCCCCUCGCUCUUCUCCUCUUUAGUCCCACCCCCCCCUCCUCCACCCAAAUCAAACACAGCGCUGUGACUCCCUCAAGGCCUUUGGCUUUGUGUGUGUGUGUGUGUGUUUUUUUCGUUCUCUUUUGUGUGUGUGACGGGGUUUUGCAAACUGCCUACUCAUUCUCCUGACAGCUGUCAGUCAGGGACACAAUCAGCUACCCCCUCCUUCUGUUCCAUCCCCCUCUCCUCUCCUCCCUCCCUCUCUCUUUUCUCCCUGUCCCACUUGGUUGACUCACAGGUGACCUUUGUGUGAGGAGUUUACUAGAGCCAUCUCACCUCAUGCUUGUCCUCUGCUUUCUCAUGCCUGCCCUUACUAAGAACAUCACUAUUAUGUUUCAGUGCUCCUAUUAGUCAUCAUCACCAUCAUAAUCAGUCCCUGGGUGUUUCUCAAAAUGCGUACUACCAUGCUCUGAGCACGUAACUUGGAGCACGGGAGGGUCGGAGUAUGAGUCCAAAUCAAAGUAUGCAAAACGGAGCACAGAGGGCACUUCUCGAAUGCUUACUCAGUUUGUACAUAUUUUGUAGCAUCGAUGCAAGCUUCAACAGAAAGUAUACACAGAAAUCUGACGCAACCAUGUAAAAAAUUACACAACAUUUCUUGAAAUCAAUGGCGGACAUUAUUUUAGCUGAAGCGAGAUAAAAUACACUCCAACUUCGGAAUGAUGUCAAUGUUCUCCCUUCACCACCACCACCAGAGCAGUAACAAGGUCUCCUCUGGGCAUGGGAGGGUGAGACAACAGGGAGAUUGUAGGAGCAGUGUGGCACUAAGUCGUGACAACGCUCUCUGUGGUGUGCCCUGGAGUGAGUGGGUCAGGGCCUCCAUUCUUGGCUCAGGGGCCCAUUCUCGGUGCUACUAAAAUGGGCAGCCCUUCAAGAUCUGCCGCAGACCAUCAAACAAUCGGGUAUUAUGAGUGUGUGAGGCUGUGGGGCGGGUGCAUCCUGUAUCGAAGUUCUGAUUUUUCAGGCCGGGGGCCAGACAGAAGGGUGGCCUUUGUACGUCUGGGAACGAGGUUCAGACUCUGGACUAUAGGGGCAUUGGGAACGGGAGUGGGUGGGCGUGGUGUAUAUGUGUGCACCAGUGUGCAUGCUUGAUUGUGUGUGUUUAGAUGUGUGUGUGUUCUGUGAGUUUUCCAAUGGCUCCCUUCAUCCCCCCCAGCAAAUGUUAAUAGCCCAGUGUUUCAGUGUCCAGGGCAGUGAUUGAUUACAGGAUGGGAUAGUGUGGUGUAUCAGCCUCUCUGCUGGGGCAAUUCAAUGCAGCUCAAUGCACUGUUCUGUCUUUCUGCUCUCACAUCCAUACAUGUGCUUUUGUUCAACUCAUUAACAAAGCCCCAAGCCUGGAAAACAAUGAUGUAGCGCUAACAGGCCUUCUCUUGGUGUGUACAUAUAGACCUACCUAUAUCUGGUAUAUUAAACAUUUUGUUAGUAUGCAUUUAAUGUAUGUUGCAUAAGCAUUCAAUGUAUAGUGAGUUUUUGUAGUCUGUAGUCCAUGAACUAGGUGACUCAACUCUCUCCUCCUCUUCCUGUCUCCAGGUCAGUGACUUCCUGUCCGGCCGCUCUCCUCUGACCCUGGCGCUGCGAGUGGGUGAUCACAUGAUGUUCGUCCAGCUGCAGUUGGCUGCCCAGCAGUCUGGAGGGCAGCACUUACAGCACAGGCAGCUCAUCGCCCGCGGGGGUGCAGAGGGCACCAUGGGACCGUCCACAGGAGCGUCUGGAGGGUUCAGCCGCGCCACCACCCCCCACCACCACCACUCUCACCCCCACUCCCGCCCCCAUCCUAACCUGUCCCAGCCCCACCCAGUGCCCUCCCCCUCUACCAGCACAGUGGCCUUCCCCCCUGCCUCCUCACACCAGCGCUCUCCUCCCAUGUACCCCUCCUCCUCUUCCGCCCCCUCAAGUCACUGCAGCACCCCUCCUCCUGCUCUUCGUCGCUCCCACCAGCCCUCCCCGGGCCGACCCAGCCCCAGCCCCGCCUCCGCCCCCCAGAGCACCCCCACUGCAGCCCCCUGUCCUGAGGUAAGACCCCCGCCAACCAAUCAACCUACCUACUGCUUUAUAACACUGUAUUACUCAGUGCAUACCACACUUACACAAAGGCGGGCCAGAAAACAGCACACACCAUCAUUACCUCGCCAGAGACCAGGAGAGAUGAAAGGAUGAAAGAAAGAGAGGGAAGAAAGAAAGCGGGAGAGGAGUUAAUGAGUUAGUCUGUGUAGGUUGUUGUCUUGUUGAUCAUUAGCCCUCUCGCUGGUCAGCAGGCCUCUAUCUCUCUGCAGCAUGGAGCUAGGCUAUCUAUGACAGUUGAUUUCCACCAACUUGGUAGUUUUUUUCCUUCUCGCUCUCUUCUUCUGAACUCACAUAGAACAGUGAAAAAGGAAACGGUCAUAUUUCUUCUUCACUCUGAAACAUCCCCCUACCACUCCCCUUUUCGCUCCCCCUCAUCCUCCUGUAGGUUUUCACUUUCAGUUCACAGAGCAGAGCAGGGCAGGUAACAGAUAGGUCUGUUGUCAGGGACAGUAAAAGGAGCUCCCAGGACUCAGGUUCUUCUGAGUCUUAUGUGUCCCUAUACGAGGAACGACAUGGUUUACAUUAGGGUUACUUACAACAUCACUCGCUGUUACAACAUGGCUGUUAUAAACUGGGUGGUUUGAGCCCUGAAUUCUGAUUGGCUGAAAGCCAUGGUAUAUCAGACCGUAUACCACGGGUAUGACAAAAUGUUUAGUUUUACUGCUCUAAUUACGUUGGUAACCAGUUUCUAAUAGCAAUAAGGCUCCUCAGGGGUUUGUGACGUUGUAUCGUGCAUAAGAACAGCCCUUAGCCGUGGUAUAUUGGCCAAUACCACACCUCCUCGGGCCUUAUUGCUGAAUUAUAACAUGCAUGUUACAACACGAGGUUCAAGUCACUGCCACUUCAUCACUUGUAAUAAACUGUUCUAUUUCAGUAGCAUGUUCUAUAUGCGUCUUAUAUGACCACGUACAGUGGCCUGCGAAAGUAUUCAACCCCCUUGGCAUUUUUCCUAUUUUGUUGCCUUACAACCUGGAAUUAAAAUUGAUUUUUGGAGGGUUUGUAUCAUUUUAUUUACACAACAGGCCUACCACUUUGAAGAUGAAAAAUAUUUUUUAUUGUGAAAUAAGACCAAAAAAACAGAACUAUUCACCCCCCCCAAAGUCAAUACUUUGUAGAGCCACCUUUUGCAGCAAUUACAGCUGCAAGUCUCUUGGAGUAUGUCUCUAUAAGCUUGGCACAUCUAGCCACUGGGAUUUUUACCCAUUCCUCAAGGCAAAACUGCUCAAGCUCCUUCAAGUUGGAUGGGUUCUGCUGGUGUACAGCAAUCUUUAAGUCAUACCACAGAUUCUCAAUUGGAUUGAGGUCUGGCUUUGACUAGGCCAUUCCAAGACAUUUAAAUGUUUCCCCUUAAACCACUCAAGUGUUGCUUUAGCAGUAUGCUUAUGGUCAUUAUCCUGCUGGAAGGUGAACCUCCGCCCCAGUCUCAAAUUUCUGGAAGACUGAAACAGGUUUCCCUCAAGAAUUUCCCUGUAUUUAGCGCCAUCCAUCAUUCCUUCAAUUCUGACCAGUUUCCCAGUCCCUGCCGAUGAAAAACAUCCCCACAGCAUGAUGCUGCCACCACCAUGGAUGGUGUUCUCGGGGUGAUGAGAGGUGUUGGGUUUGCGCCAGACAUAACGUUUUCCUUGAUGGCCAAAAAGCUCAAUUUUAGUCUCAUCUUACCAGAGUACCUUCUUCCAUAUGUUUGGGGAGUCUCCCAAAUGCCUUUUGGCGAACACCAAACAUGUUUGCUUAUUUUUUUCUUUAAGCAAUGGCUUUUUCUGGCCACUCUUCCGUAAAGCCCAGCUCUGUGGAGUGUACGUCUUAAAGUGGUCUUAUGGACAGCUACUCCAAUCUCCGCUGUGGAGCUUUGCUGCUCCUUCAGGGUUAUAUUUGGUCUCUUUGUUGCCUCUCUGAUUAAUGCCCUCCUUGCCUGGUCCGUGAGUUUUGGUGGGCGGCCCUCUAUUAGCAUUUUUGUUGUGGUGCCAUAUUCUUUCAAUUUUUUUAUAAUGGAUUUAAUGGUGCUCCGUGUGAUGUUAAAAGUUUCUGAUAUUUUUUUAAUAACCCAACCCUGAUCUGUACUUCUCCACAACUUUGUCACUGACCUGUUUGGAGAGCUCCUUGGUCUUCAUGGUGCCGCUUGCUUGGUGGUGCACCUUGCUUAGUGGUGUUGCAGACUCUGGGGCCUUUCAGAACUGGUGUAUUUAUACUGUGAUCAUGUGACAGAUCAUGUGACACUUAGAUUGCACACAAGUGGACUUUCAUUUCACUUCACCAAUUUGGACUAUUUUGUGUAUGUCCAUUACAUGAAAUCCAAAUAAAAAUCCAUUUAAAUCACAGGUGGUAAUGCAACAAAAUAGGAAAAACGCAAAGGGGGAUGAAUACUUUUGCAAGGCACUGCUAAUAACUACUGUCGAGUGGCUGUAUAUUUCCUAUCACGCACUGCAGGCAGAGUGUUGGUUUGUUGAAGGUUUAUCUCUAACAUUAGACUGAUGUAUCCUUUCCUCUCCUCUACAGGCUAACUGUGCUAAGAGCGCCAGUAAUGGCACUAGUGCUUCAGCGCACUCCUCCUCCUCCCGUAAACCAGGUGCCAUCAUCGAAAGCUUUGUCAACCACGCUCCUGGGGUCUUCUCAGGGACUUUUUCAGGUGAGUGAGGGCCAAUAGCAUUACACUAACACUAAGGCAUUAACUCGAAGACUAUGGCGUUGCACUCUAUCAGUGGCUCAGAUUACUACUGUGUCCUACUGGGCCUGGUCUGGGGGUGUUAUCUGGGGUUAGAUUGGAGCUGAGGGGAGUUGUAGUGGUUUGUAACACCCUCCAUUUCUCUCUCUCUCUCUCUCUCUCUCUCUCUCUCUCUCUCUCUCUCAUCUCCCUCUCUCUCUCUCUCCUUCUCUCUCCUCUCUCUCUACUCUCUCUCUCUCUCUUUUUUUCUCUGUCUGUUUCUCUCUCUCUCUCUCUCUCUUUUUCUCUCUCUCUUUUUCUCUCUCUCUCUCUCCCUCCUUCCCUCUCUCAGGCACUUUGCAUCCUAACUGUCAGGACAGCACUGGGCGGCCCAGGCGAGACAUCGGCACCAUCCUGCAGAUCCUCAAUGACCUCCUGAGUGCCACGCGCCACUACCAGGGCGUGCCCCCCUCCCUCACCCAGCUCCGCUACCAGACCCAGUGUGGCUCGCCCUCGCCCGCAUCCACGCCGCCCUCACCCCCUCCUUCGCCCCCAGCCACCACCGCUGGCAUCGCCGGCAUCUCUGCCAAAGCUACCUCGGUGCCUGCCAGAAGCCCCAUCUCACCACCCCUCCACCCGCUGGUGCAGUGCCAGAGUCAGAUCCGCAUGUGCAAGCCCCCUGGUGAGCAUUAAUAACAUCCCAUACACACACAUGCAUGCACACACACACACACACACACAGACAGCUGUGUUUUCACACACACACAGACACACACACACACACACACACAACAGGCCCUUCACUGUCUUUGAGCCCCUUGCAGCAGAGCAACAGAUGUUGUUGUUGUAGAUGAGAGUGAUAGAAACGACUCUAGUCAAGAGCUUGUGCAGGAAUUUAGAUGAGCCGCUUGUCUAUUGUAGAGCCCAUAAGAGGAUUCGUCAACAGCUUUGUUUCUGCGGUUGUGUUUCUAUUCAAAUGCUGUUCAACUUAUUAUACCCACAUGUUUUGCUGGACUCGAUAACACAAUUGGAUCAGAUGCCAGUUCUGAUAAACACAAUUAUGAUAAACAAGCUUUUUCUUUCAACUCUCAGAAUGACUUUUCAGAUCCUUGCUCAAAAGGAAAGAGAAAGAAAGGGAAUACAGAGGUUGGCAGAUGUUUUUGCGGGGGUUGGAAGGGCAGAGGAGAGGAGUAGGAGGGGGUGGAGAAGCUCCUCUAGGCCUGUUCCAGCAGACCCAGCUGCAGCAGAAGACCUGUCUUUGUUUUUGUCUCUGGGCUGAGAGGAUAGGUUUACCCCUUGCCAUAGGUUUACCCCUUGGAGGGCCGGACCGGGGAUUACUGCCCUCCACACAGAGGCUAUGACAGAUCCUCACCACUGAUAACAUUCACAGGCAUGUGUCAGGUAGUCUUAGUGCGGAAGCGCAUUGUCCCCACUCUGCUUGUUUAAACUUUGCAGAGGAAAUUGAACUGUUCUUCCAUGAGUCUGCUCUUGUUACAUGUUGAAUAGAGAUGGAUAGUGGAGUAGGAUCUCUGAAUGGCCCCGAUUAAAGUUUUAUGUGGUCUCUUUGUUUGAAAGAAAAACAUGAAUUCCAUUGUCCAUGGUAGAAAAGGACUGACAUCAGCACAUGUAUUGUAACUUGGCAUUGUUCACCGAACACCCAGGGAACUCUGCAGUACCCAGUGAGCCCUUUAAAAAAGUUCUGCACAGUUGAAUAAUACGUGCUUAUUUUCUUAACCCAGGAAGCCCCCUUCCCUCACCACUACUCCUCUUCCACUCCUCCACUCAGCCAUCAUCCCCUGCUUUUUCUCUCUUUCUUUGUUCCACUCUCCCCCCGUCUCUUCCGUGUAUGGGCCGUCCCACUGCUUCCUCAGUCGCUGUCCAAAACUAGCCUCAUCUAUAAAAUCCAUCUCUCUCUGGUCUCGUCCAGCCCUGGACACCAUCAAUGGCCGCUUGUGUUCACUCUGACUUUAAAUAGAUAGAUUUAUGCAAAACAUUUGAGUGCUGAAAGAAUGCGCAUUGUGUUUGUAGGGCAGUGGGAGGAAGAUAAAACAACACACACACUAAACCUCCUUUCAUAAGAUUGUUGUUUAUAUCCGGCCUCUGCUAACUGCCCACAGAUUAAUUUGUGCUUUCACUGAAAAAACAAAAAAGGGCUUAAUAAAUGCCUUUCGAGUCAGACUGGCGACCGGCUGAAUCCACUCACUUAUUAAUUAAUGAGCUGGGGCUUUUCUGUAUGGACUGAAGCUGUCUGUUUGUCUGUCUGGCUGGCUUUGUGACUUCGGAAUGCUUGGUGAGGAACAUUUUAGAAGGCAGAUGACUAAGUGUUCCGAUAAAACCCUGAGACGACGCUCUUAUCAGCCAACACCUGGUGAAAGACUUGACAGCUUAACUCUUCGUAGAAGCCCGCUUCCAUUGGACUACAGGAAUAACUUAUGCUUACUGCUUAGUACCUUCCCAGACCUUUAAUGUUUGUGUUACGUUACCUCAGGUUGAGACAGCCUCUUGAAAAUGUCACAUAGCUCUGCUAUAUCCAGAGAGCUUUUACCCUUUCCACUGCAAGUUCAUGUGCAGAGACAGGAGGAGAGAAGAGGGCUUUGAAUAAAGAGCUUCGGUCCAUCCGGAGAUAGCUGGAAAAGCUACCCUAGCGAACUAGCUAGAAAAGUCUGGUUUUGGUUGUGGGGUGGCAGCAUGGCUGAUUUUGGUGGUGGUGACUGCUGCGUGCAGGUCUUUCUUAGGCCCAGGGCCAGAGGCAGGGCCUGUGGCUAGGUUCUGAGGGGAGGGCUUUAGAAGGGGGUGUUAGGCUAAUUGUUAGCUGAAUUCCUGUGCUCAGUGGGACCCCUAGCCCCCUUCCCAGCCCAGUCCUUUGUCUGUCUGCUGUGACCCAGGCUCCAUACAGGGAGCCAGGCUUAGCCAUUGUAGGGCAGAGAAGAAGGGAGAGAGAAGGAAAGAGAAAAACAGGGAGGAAAAGAGGGAGUGAGGGAGCCCUCCAUACCUCAGGAUUAGACCUCGUUUUAAGACCCACUCCCUCUGCAGCUGCUUGGUUCAACAGAUAGGGAAAAAGGGAACAAAAUGAGUCCUGAAAAAAGGAAGGGAGGGGGUAUCUCUCCUCUCCUCCCCCUCCUGUUUCUUCCUCCUUCUCAUCUUCUCACUAUCUGUCAGGUCGGGUUAGUCUAGCUCUGGCUCUGGCUGAGGGAGGCAGGGUGGAGCUGUGUGUGCACGGAGAGAAAGAGAGCGAGAGAGAAGGAAAGAGAGAGAGCUAGCGAGAGAGGGAUUGGGUGGGAAUGGCUAAAUUCCUCUCCCAGCUUGUUUAAUCCAGCCCAGAGCAAAUGGCCUUUGCAGUGGGUGCAUUCUACUGGAAGACAAAUCUGUGUUGAAAUGUUAACGCUCUGUAGUCUGCCACUGCCUCGCGUUAGAGUUGUCAACAUGGCUAAUUCUGAACUGCUAGCUCUGUUCUACUGUGGAAUCUCUUCACCAGGUCCUCCCCUAUUCUUUAACCUUUGUCUCAGUCCUUUCUUCAUCUCUGGAUUAUGUCUGUCUCCUCUCCUCGUUUCUGACGUGUGUGUGUGGGUAUCAGUGUCGGCCUGACCAGGUGCCCUGAGCCCUCACCCUGCUGCCUCUGUCUGUCGUGCUUCAGCGUGGUUGACCCACCAAGCUAGGGCACCAGGGCACUAUGCAUAAUUCAUUGACCAGCAUCGCCUGGCUGUCAGCGAGCAUGUAAACAGCCACCUGGCCAGUGACACACACACACACACUGCUGAGCAACAGUAACCGAGCCGUCUAACCCCAUCCCCGGCCAAUCAGCCUCGACCUAUAACAGUGCCAGCUAACCAACCGCGUCAGGUGCCCUUUCAUUGGCUAACGACAAGAGAGCGAGAGAGGGAGAAAGAAAGAAGAUAAAAUGUUAAUUGCGUCUAAAAGUCAUUUAAGAGCUCGUGCCCCUGCAGGGCUGUCGAUGCCCUUUCAAUGCCUGUCAAAACGGGGACGUUCGCUCCCUUUGACUGGUCUGACUCCUUCAGUUUGGCCCUUUCUUUUCCUCUGGGUUUCCUCUACCUCUUCCUCUCUCUGUCUCUCUGUCUUCUUCCCUGGGCUCCAGAUGGCUAGGAUGGAUGGCAGAACAAAAGCAGGGCUGUGUGCUGUCUGUGUUCCCCAGCCCUGUUAGCCUCUGGGCUGUGCUCAGGGCCCAGGCCAAACAGGAAUGACAUGUGGCUGAGUUGGAUGAUGGGCCUGUAGCUGUAGUGAUGUAUGGAUGACUAGGAGAGUAGAGGAGCCCAGGGAGCAAGGCAAAGCCACAGAGGGUUGCCUAAGAGUGUCAGGUUAUUAUUGGGGAAUAAAUGGGAAUUGUGUGAAUGUAGUAUGUUUUCAGUGAACACGCAAAAUUAAGUAGAAUAGUUGGGGCUCCACCACUGGAUACAAGGAUCAGGUCCCAUUCAGCUACUGCAGAACGUGGUAGGAUUUACUACAAGUACUUAAAAAGCAAGGUUCUUCCUGUAUUUAAACCCAGGCUGUUUUUGCUGCAGUUUGAGCCUUCACCCACUCCACCUGAUCCGAUGGGGCCCAGUUUUUUCAGCUAUCAGAUAGGAUUACAUUCAUAGAAAUAAAAUGAAUAGAACAGGAGUCUCCAUUCAAGUCAAGGAUUCGUCCGUUCUAUUCAUUAUAUUUCUAUGCAUUUAAUCCUAUUGGAUAGGUGAAAUCCAGAUAGAUAACUUUUGAAAAAUUGGGCCCUGAUGCUCGGCAAAGAACACUCUCCUUCUAUAACAUCACAAGAAUUAUCAAGGCAAACAAACAAUCAACAACACUUGGACAACUGUUACUGAAGCGGAAUCUUUAAGGGAUCAAUAGGAGGAGAAGCUCCUUUAAUCUCCUCUGUAUCUGUCCUACCGCAGCCCUCCUCCUUCUCUCUGUCCCUCACUCCAUCCCUCCUUUCAUCCCCCUCUUUGGAUGGGCUCUAGAAGGCCAGGAGGCUGACUGACAUAUUGAUUGUUCAUAGACUAGCCUCUCUCUCUCUCUCUCUCUCUCUCUGUCUCUCUCUCUCUCUCUCUCUGUCUGUCUCUGUCUCUGUCUCUCUCUCUCUCUCGCGCUCUCUCUCUCUCUCUCUCUCGCGCAAAAUGGUGGUCAGUUGCUACUGCCACAGCCCAGCUGAGAUACCCCCCACCCCCAACCUGCAUGCAGUACUGUAUGUAAAGUAGCCUGUGUGUUUAUGGAGUGUAUGCAGUCAUUCUCGGAAACAGUAGAGGGUGCGGAGUGUUUGGUUUGGCUGGGUGGAGUUCUGGGAUUCCACAGGGGCUUUUGUGGUAAUCUCUUCAUCCUCCCCCCUCCAUACCACCCCUAGUACCACCCACACCCCUCCCAUGGGGUUUGUUUUGUUGUGCCCCUCUGUCCCUGCACCAUGUCGUACGUGGUCCUCUGUGGCCUGCCCUGGGGGGGGGGGGGGGGGGGGGGCUUGAGUGGGUUUUGUCCUCAUGGCUCAGUCAGCUACAGCUCUGUGUCUGUGGUGCACUCCUGUCAAUGCCUUAAGUCUCUGUAGGCUUUUUCUGGGCCUAUGAAAGCCCUGAGUGUGUACUGAGGACACACACAGCUCCGCUUCAAGGGGUGACGGGUAGAGACGAUGCAGUGCUGAUGGAGGAGCAGCACAGGGUGCAGGAGGGUUGCGUGACCAGAGAGAAAGAGAGGGAGGGAGGGAGGGAGGGAGGGAGGGAGGGAGGGAGGGAGGAGGAAAAAAGAGAGGGAGGGAAUGCCCUCUGUUGUAUGUUCCUUGUUCUCUCUGCUCCUGACCGGUCCCUUGCCUAAUAUUUGCAUGUGGUGGCUUCCAAGAAAAGAUGUGUAGUUACUUCCUCCUCCUCGGUGCUGAGUGCGUCAGAAGAGCAGUGUGUGUCAGGCCAUAGAGAAACCAACAAUAAGGAAGAUGUGAAGGGUUUCACCCUGCUAGUGAUUGUGCUAUGCCUUUGUGUUCUUUCUCCCUGCCCCCAUCCACCUCUAUCAUUCCCUCCCUCCCUCCCUCCCUCCUGUGUGUGUGUGUGUUCUAUAAUGAGUCCACGCCCCAGGCUCCAGUCACUCCUCAUUAAGCCGGGCUUGAGCUAUGUGACCCAUGCCUGACCAGCUUUGAGGUGCAGGAGACAACCCCACGUUUGUCUGUGGCUUUAGACUAGAGAGCGAGGGAGAGAGGGCAGCUGGAGAGGAGAGAAAGUAGAGGGCAUGUGGUGGGGUUUCUUUUCUGUGUAAUUGAAGGGAGCUCUGUAAUGACUUAGCCGAGGAGAGGGGAGGAGAGGAGGGAAGGGGGGCGCAGGGGGAACAAAGCCCCUGGCAGAAUGUAUAGCCGUCACAUGCAGGCAGCUGAACAAUGCCCCUAACACACAGGAACCCACUAGUUACCACCUAUAAUACACACCAGGCAGGAAAUAUAGUCCUGUGGCAUAGGACCUCAUGUAGACACAGUCUUAUCUAGUGAGGAAAACAUAGAAUAAGUUGUGCAAAAUAGACCUUGUUCUGUUUAAUGCAGUGCUGCUCCUCCAUUCAGCUCUAUUCUUCCUAAAGCACCAGCAGGGCUGAGAGUUAGUUAGCAUGCAUUGCCAGGAGUAGUGAAUAUUUAUAGCCAGAGAAUCGCUCUGCUCAAUCCGAUAAGCAAAUGAAGGGAAGAGGUAAAUUAAGCCCACACAGAGUCAGGAAUUCAUUCCGAUGGGGAAAGCGGAGGAGGAGGAGGAGGAGGAGGGAGGGCACAAUUGAUUAUGAAAAACUGCCAGCUACAUCUGAUCCCUUACCCUCGCCUCCCCCAUUCCCCAUCACCCGUGGGGCGGAAUUCCACAGCCCCGCCCCGCCCCUCCCCUCCACCCCUUCACCCCUCCGCCCCACCUAGCCCUCUCUGGGGAGACUGGCCCAUGAAGGGGGGUGGUGGGCUGGGGGUAGAGAGGUAGGGGGAGGCAGUGGGAUGGGGGCUGAGUCAAUGAGCUGGGAGCAGGAUGCUGCAGCCAUAAAGAAGAAGAAGAAGAAGAAGAAGAAGAAGAAGAAGAAGAAGAAGAAGAAGAAGAAGAAGAAGAAGAAGAAGAAGAAGAAGAAGAAGAAGAAGAGAGAAAAAAAAGUCAAGCUCUCUUCACUUACAAUUUCCAUUCGCUUGCAUUUUCUAUUGAAAGCCAAUAGCAGUGUCCUCGGCUGGAGAUGGAUGGCUGCACUAGAGCUAAGGUUUAAUCAAUAGGUAUUUUUAAUUUGCCAUCGAUCCAUGUUAAAAGCUACUGCUGCUGCGGCUGCUGUGUGUGUUAGUGUGUACGUACUUGUGUGUUUAUGUGUGUGUGUAUGCCUGUGUGUGUGUGACUGUGUGUGCGUGAGUGUGUCCUUGCAUGUGUGUGUGUGGAUGCGCUUUGUGUGUUUGUCCGUGUUUGUGUGUUUUCGAGAGAGAGGGCUUUGGGUUAUUGACAUUCUAGGCCAUUAUUUCAUUAUUUCAUUAUUUCAUUCCGAGACAGAUACUAAUGGAGCUAGCUAAUAGAUUGUCUUUGCCUUCCCUUCCCUAUAAAUGAAAUUAAGGUUGAGUUGGUUGGUGUGGGCAGGCAUUCACAAUGGAACCAAAGGCCUCUCCCUGGAGAUCAGCCUCUCCUAUAAGCACAUCAACAGCUAGAAAUUCACUUAGUCACACAGCUCUGACAAAGGCACUCAUUUGGAAUGCCAGUCGUAGUUAUGUGUCUGCAUAUGAUAGGCAGAAAUUAGAGGGUAUGUGCAGUAGUGUGUAUGUGUGCAAGAAUGAGUGUGUGUGUUCUCUCUGUGAUAGUAAGAUUUCAAGGAGUCUUCCCAAUCAUUUUCUCCCAAACAGUGAUAAGGGGAUUGUGAAGAAGGACACAGGGCUAAUAGAACACAGUGGGGUGUUUCACUACACACUCCAGAUACUAACACAAGUCUCUAUGUGCAGGAGUGUGUACGUGUUUAAUUAUACUUGUUUCCACAAGAAUUUGACCAACUGGGGACAUUUGGUUGGUCCCCACAAGUUCAAAUGCUAUUUCUAGGGGGUUUAGGGUUAAGGUUAGAAUGAGUGUUAGGGUUAGAAUUAGGUUUAGGGUUAGGGUUUGCAGCUAGGGUUAGGGUUAAGAGUUAGGUUUAGGGUUAGGGUUAAAGUUAGGUUUUCUGGUUAAGGUUAGGGUUAAGGUUAGGUUUAGGGUUAGGGGUUUGGGAAAAUAGGAUUUUGAAUGGGACUGAAUUGUAUGUCCCCACAAGGUUAGGUGUACAAGUGUGUGUGUGUGUGUGUGUCUCAGAGCCUUAAGAAUGAUCACAGCAGCAUGUUUUUUUGUCUCUCUCUGUCUGAGUCACAGCAUAGUAAUCACUCCAAUCUGAGUUUAUUUAUUCUCUGCCUGGCCGUAGAUAACACUGGAUGCACACUAAACACAUUGAACAGAGCUCUCUGUUCCCUCUCCCCUCCAUCACAUAUACAACCUCCCCUACCAAUGCUUUAUUUAUUUACUGUACUCUGUACGUCUUGCAAAGCAGGUUGUAUCAAAAGGUCAUGGAAAAAUAUGACUGUUUGAAAAAAGCUGGUUUGGUCUGUUAAUUGACCUUCUGUUUUCCUCUCCUCCCUCCUCCAGGUGACCGUGUGCGUCAGACAGAGAACCGUGCGACGCGCUGCAAGGUGGAGCGUCUGCAGCUCCUGAUGCAGCAGAAGCGCCUGCGCAGGAAGGCGAGGCGGGACUCCAGAGCGCCCUACCACUGGCUGCCCAACCGCAAGGCGGGACGCAGCAACAGCAACAGCAGCGUGUCCAGCGAGGGAUCCAUGGACCUUGACUUCGACGACUCUGUGUGGAAGCCCGACGUCAAGGCUGACAUGAAGUCAGAGUUCGUCAUGGCU